AUGUCCUACGAGCAGGCCGCCGCGGAGCGGCUCCUCAACCAUCACGGCGACGCCGACGCCCCGACGCGAUACGCCAAGCGUCGCGCCUCCGCACUCGGCGGCGUCCUCCUCUCGGCUUCGCUCGCGUGCUUCUGCGUCCUCGCGGUGCUCGGGGUCCACCGCUUCGGCGCCGCGUCCCCCGCCGCCGCGAACCGCGGCCGCGUGGUCCCGACCAACACCCUCGGAUCCUCCGCGCGCGGGACCACCUCGCGCGCGCUCGACUGCCGCCCGGACGCCGCCGGCGCGGUCCACUGCUUCUCCCCCGGCGCGUUCGAGACCGUCGAGGUCGCCCGCGACGGCGCGCCGAUCGAGCCCGAGCCCGCCGCCGGCCGCAGGUCGAAGCGCGCCAAGUCCGACGCGUCCGCGCGGCCCAUCGCCCGAUCCGCCGCGGACGACGUCGACGACGCCGAUCCACGCGAGCUCCUCCGCCGCGACGAGCUCCUCCGCCGGCUGGCGUGCGUCCCCGACGCCGCCACCGGCGCGCUUCGAUGCGUCACCCCGGGUGCCUUCCCCGUCGUCGCGGUCGCCCCGGACGGGAGCCCGAUCGAUGAUGCGCAUCAUCACAAAUCGACGCGGCGCUCCUCUGAGACCUCCGAGACCCGUCGUCGUCGUCGAUCCCGCGCGACCGAGCCCGUCGAGAGGCUCGGCGCCGCGAGGGACGAGAAGAAGUCGGCGCACCCCGCGCGUGGCGCCGCCGCGAAGGGCGCCGCCGCCGCGCGAGCGUCGUGUCGCCCGGGUGUCGACGGCUCGAUGCGGUGCGCCACCCCGGGCGCGUUUCCCGCGGUGAACCCCGACGCGCUCGACGUGCCCGCGAAGACGUCGGACGAUUCCACCGCCAGCACCGGCAAGGCCAGGCGCGACGACGCCUCCUCCGACUCCGAGAAGAAGGCAUCCGAGAAGAAGGCAUCCUCGUCAUCCGACAAGAAGGCGUCGAAGAAGACGGUGGACGACGUUGAAAACAAAAACGACGAAAACGCGGAGAAGACGAAGGCGGUCGUCCCGGAAGAAGAGUCCGAUCCCGACGCGCAGAUGCUGCAGGAGACGGACGCCGUCACCGUGGACGAGAUGGCGGGCGAACGAAGGGAGAGGCACCCGGCGGCGUACCAGGUGGUGGACGCGGCGUACGAGGCGAGACGCGAGAAGGAACGCGAGGAGGCGGCGAUUGCGGAGCGAGAGGCAAAGUUGGAGGACUCCUACCGGGACGAGGACGCCUCCGUGCUGGCCGAGUCGGAGAUUAAGAGCUGGGAAAAGUCCGCGACGACGGAGAUCACGCCGGACCGGAUGGCGCAGUUCAAGGAGAUGGAGAUGGAGGGCGCCGAGGAACCGAUGGACGGGGAGGUUGACGAGGUGCCGAAGAGGUUGCACGAGCCCAAGCUGUUUUGCGCUCCCGACGCGGAUGGCAAGAUGAAGUGCGCGCACUCGCUCGUCGCCGCGGCGCAGUGAAAGGGAGGACGCGGCGUCUCCGCCGGUGUUUGUUAAUGUCAAUGAGAUCGUUGACUCAACACGCGCGACGGUCCUACUCAUAAGUGUUACAAGUAAUCUUAACGGUCCCGCUGGCGAGUCAGCUUUUCAU